AACCUCAGUAACAGAAAAGAAAAAAAUCAAGAAUUCAAGAAACCAAGAACUCAUUUCUCAGUUUGGACUUUGGAGCUUUAAGUCUUCGUUUCAAUUCAGUCGCACACUCUCUCCGAUCAGAUAACAACUCACCGGUAAGAUUUUUGGAGAUAAUAAUGGAGAUUUCUUCCGUAGACUCAACUCCGAUCAAGAUGAUGAGCCACCAACUGGCUGUGUCGUCUCUCUCCCCUCCUCCCACGGCAGAUACUUGUAUGCCUCCAGAUCUUCCUCCGCCUGCUGCUCCAGCUCCUCCUACUCCUACUGGUGGUGGCGGCCGCCGUCGUCGAGUGAGGCCUGUCCGCUUAUUUUACUUCAAUUCCUACACCACCCUUGGGCCGAACUGGGAGGAAUCAGCUCAACAACCACCUGUGGCUGCAACACUCCAUGGACAAACGUGUUAUGGGAACAGGAGGGCCAACAAGGAAUUGUGCCAUGCAAUCAACAAACGUUUCGGGUAGUACAAUCGAAGUUCAACAAAGUACUGUCAGUCCAAUGUUGUUUCUAUAGUGGUCGGUCAAUACAGUAUUCCUGAUUUCCCCGAGUCAUCGUCAUAAAGGUUUUGUAUGUACACCAUUUUAGUCGGUCAAUACAGUAUUCCUGAUUUCCCUGAGUCAUCGUCAUAAAGGUUUUGUAUGUACACCAUUUAUGAAAAUUAACUCAACUAGAUCUGAGAACACAUGUUAUAUGGGAGGCAAUAA